CUUAUUUCUGACGCUGUCGGCCAGCCGGGAUCCCUCAGAGGCUUCAGAUGUAAAUCACACCAGGCUGCGCUUCACAUGCGGGCUGGCUGCAGCCCGGAGCCACACUGGUAAAAUGACGUGAGUGGUUGACGAUGCUAAAUGGCAGCACUUGAAAUAGCCUACCUGCCAGCCUGCUCACCCACUUGCUGAUGCGAUCACGACCCUGUUAAGAGCGCUUUCAGCACCGCGGCGCGCUGGACAGCUCCUCCGUCUCGGUUUUGGGUUGGGUUUGUUUUUUUUUUUUUACUCUUGGACGAGAAAAGUGGAAAAGAGAAACAUCUGAUUUUAUUUGUUAGGAGCUUUUUCCCCCUACUUUAAGGAGUUUAAACUUUACAGUCACAAAGGGGGGAGAGAUGGAUAUUGACCGACCGGCAAAUGUCACCUUUUUUGAUUUUGUUGGAGGAGUUCAGCUCCUCCAGGGGGAGGACUCCAGGACCGCCAUGCCCGUCAUCCUCAUCGGGAUCUGCGUGUCCGGAGCAGUUGGGAAUUUGCUCGUUUUGCUGAUUUUCAUCCGCGACUUUAGGAACGGAAUGGGCUCCGAGGUGAAGGUGCUGCUCGCCUCCUUGGCCUCCACGGACCUGGUGAUCCUGCUGCUGUGCGCUCCCGUGCGCGCCGUCACCUACUACAAACAGACGUGGACCUUGGGGAGUUUUGUCUGCAGCACCACGGACUGGUUCCAGCACUCCUGCGUGGUUGCCAAAACUUUAAUCCUCGCAGCCACCACCAGAGCCAAACACACUGUGGUCCCCUGCGCCGCCACGGGGCCCCUGUCCAGCCCGACGUGGAUCCACGGAGCCCUGGCGUUCAUUUGGACCGUGUCGAUGAUCUUCCCGAUCCCACAGAUGCUUUUCGCCUCCAUGGUGCAGCGUGGCCGCGACACUAUCUGCGUCUCUGAGAUGCCAGUGUGCGCGUCUAACUUCAUGAGUUUGUUCUACAAGAUCUACCCAACCGCAGCCUUCCUGAUGCCGGUCACCUUUACGCUCGGCUACUACACAAAAGCGCUGCACUCUGCGGUGAACCACGCGCCAAACCCGCGGCAUCAGAGCAAAGUUACGCUGGUUUUACUGUGUCUGAGCGGCGCGCUCGGGCUCAUGCUGCUGCCGGAGUGGGGGACGUUCACCUGGAUCAGACUCGGGUACAACAAACCUCCCGUGGGGUUGAUCAUCUUCGCGCAAGUGCUCCUUUACGCAUGCAGCGCCUUCUCCCCGGUGAUCCUCAUGACCAUGUACGACGACGUGCGCCAGGGACUCGUCACCAUCUGGUUCAUCGCGACCUGCAGGAGCUCGAAGCAGCUCCCGAGGAUAAUAUGUCCGAAAACGGAGGGGAACGGAGCAGAGGUGGGAGCCAACGCCGUCGCCAACGCGGUCUCGACGGAGGGGGACAAGACCAUCCCGGACCUGGAGCACUUUUGGACAGGGCGCAGGAACACGCAGGUCGAGGAGGAGCAGGACCCGGUUCCCUGGGAGCGAGAGGAGAAAAUGUUGUAGUGAACCAGACGUGAAAGUGUUGUUGUCUUUUUUUGAAAAGUUAAAUCAGCUGGUUUCUAGUUUGUUUGACCCACAGUUGCAGACCUCGUUGAGUAGUGGCCUGUUCGCUGUCGUGAGCUUGAUUAGAUGUAAAAUAAAACUUAUCAUGUUUUGAUGUUUCACAUAUUUCUACUAUCUAUACUGAAUAUUUGUCAAGUAGAAAAACACCUUCAUUAGAGGAAGUUCGUGCACAUGUGUGGCCAGUGUAAAUACCCAUCGAGCAUCACGGGGUGUGUUGUGAUUGUGUACGUGUGAUGAA